AGCUUAAUACCCGACAAACCGUCUAUAGAACAAAACGACACAAUUCCAAGACUCGGAAUAUGUUGCGCUAGGAUCGUCAAUUGCCGCCCCGAAUCAAUAUGGCAGUUUCACCUCUCAUUGUCCCAUCAGCGGGCUCUGGCGAGAGAAGUGCAAGCAGAUCGAAGCUCUCAAGCGCCGUCCCCAGUGGCAAUGGGACACCUUCUGAUGGUCCAGCUGCAAGCGCCGGCACAACUUAUGAUUUAGCAGAGCAGAUGAACGAAAAUGAGAGAUCUAAAUAUGUCAAGAAGCUUGGAGAGGGAACAUAUGCCAACGUUUAUCUGGGCCACCUGAGGACCGAUCCCAAGGUUCUCGUCGCUAUCAAAAAAAUUAAAAUACAAAAAGAAUACACAGAGGGAAUGGCACCCGAUGCCAUCCGCGAAUUGAAGCACCUCCAAGAAAUCUCCCACCCUAAUGUAAUAUCUCUCCUCUCAGUAUUCUCUUCUAAAGACCAAAACCUGAACCUCGUCCUCGAAUUCUUACCCCUCGGGGAUCUUGAAAUGUUGAUCAAAGACGUUGAUGGCGUACGGUACGGUGCGGCCGACAUAAAAGCUUGGAUGGGCAUGCUCAGUCGAGCCAUCUGGUUUUGUCACGAAAACUUCGUUCUACACCGGGAUAUCAAACCAAACAAUUUGCUGAUUGCCGCAGACGGAGAGGUCAAACUUGCAGAUUUUGGUUUGGCGAGAAAUUUCGCAGAUCCCCAGCGAACUAUGACAUCGAAUGUUAUCACACGUUGGUAUCGACCACCUGAGCUGUUGUUCGGCGCCAGGCAUUAUUCCGGCGCUGUGGAUAUCUGGUCAGUGGGACUUGUAUUUGCCGAAAUGCUUUUAAGAAUUCCAUUUCUAGGUGGUGAAACUGAGGUUCAUCAGGUCUCUCUAAUCUGUCAAGCUAUCGGUACACCAACUGAAGAUAAUUGGCCGGGAGUCACCAAAUUACCAGAAUACACAGUGCCCGACCCACCAAACCCAGUAGCUCCACGAGAAAACUAUCUGGGCAUGUUUGGAACAGCUGGGCCGGAGGGGGUAGAUUUGUUAAUGAACAUGUUGAUACUGGAUCCCAGUAAAAGAAUCACGGCGAGGCAGGUUUUAGAACAUCCUUGGUGGGCAUCAGAUCCUAAACCUACAAAAAAUCAAGAUCUUCCAAAGAAGAGAGGUGGCGAGGAAAAGAUGGGAGAGGAUCUGAAGAGGAGACCAGGACUAGUAGAUGAUGAUCGGACGAGUAAGGUAGCGAGGAAGUUGGAUUUUUCUUCUACGAGGUAA